AUGAGGAAGCACGGGUGGCAACUGCCUUACCACCCUCUCCAGGUGGUUGCGAUAGCCGUGUUCUCGGCACUGGGCUUCGCCUUCUAUGUCUUCUUCGUGCCGUUCGUGGGGACGAAGCCGUUCCAGAUUGCGGCCAUGGCUAUCUACACUCCAUUGAUUACUUGUGUUGUUGUGUUAUACAUAUGGUGUGCAGCAACAAAUCCUGGAGACCCGGGCAUUUUCGAUUCAACGAAGAAUUUGAAGUUACAUAAGCAUGAAAAGCACUCGUAUGUAAAUUCGGAUCAGGGAAUUAAUCAUGGAGGAAGGCCAUUAAGUGAGACUUUUGGUACUGCUGAUAACAGUGAGAAGCUGAGCAGCAUGCUUGAGAGGAAGGAUUCGCCUUCUUGGCCCAGAUUUUCUGGAAUUCUUUCCCUGGUUUGUCUCCCAUUCUCUUGCCUUUGCAAACGAUGCCUCCAUUCAGACAGUCAACCUUCAGAACAGAAAAUGUGUGAAGAAGGCAUGUUUUUCUGCAGCUUAUGCGAAGCAGAGGUUCUGAAGAACAGUAAGCAUUGUAGAGUGUGCGACAAGUGUGUUGAUGGAUUCGACCAUCACUGCAGAUGGCUUAACAAUUGCAUAGGGAAAAGGAACUACAAAGGUUUCUUCGCUCUAAUGGCUUCUGCAGUUAUCCUGCUUGUGAUGCAGUGGUUGUCGGGGGCACUUGUGUUGAUUCUCUGUAUUGUGAAGCGAGGAGAAUUCUCUAGGCAGGUUGUCACAAAGUUGGGAAGCAGCUUCUCAACUGUGGCUUUUGUAAUUGUUGUGGCAACCUGCACCAUUUUAGCAAUGGUUGCAACCGUGCCACUUGUCCAGCUUUAUAUGUUUUCAUAUUCUUCUUGUCAAAAGGGAAUUAGCACAUAUGAUUACAUCAUAGCUUUGAGGGAGCAGGAGGAUCAACAAGAGGUUCCUGGACACCAAAGUCCACAGAUGUCUAUUAUUAGUUCUGUUACUGGUUUUAGCACAGCCAGUUCUUUUGGACCUCUUCAUCGUGGUUCAUGGUGCACUCCACCAAGAUUGUUCCUGGAAGACCAGUUCGAUGCCAUUCCUCCAGAGGUCGGCAUUUCACAGAAUUCAGGCAGUAAGAAAACCAAGGAAGAGGAAGGAGCAAGGAGAAAAACUGGAGCAGUGAAAAUCAGUCCAUGGACAUUGGCACGGCUAAAUGCAGAUGAAGUUUCGAAGGCAGCCGCGGAGGCAAGGAAGAAAUCCAAAAUCCUGAAACCAAUUGCAAAACAUGGCGCCCCAGACAAUGGCAGUAAACCAGAUCAUAUGCCCAGCUACAAGAGACGACUAGAUAGAAGAGGUUUCCCUGCUGAGCUCUCUCUUGACCCACUUGCAACUCUAUCUGCGAGCGGCACUGAAAGCAACUACAGCGACACAGCAACAGAAAUUUGUGGCAGUUUAGCCCCAUUACAGCUCGAAGCAAGAAGUGCUUUCCAACCUAGUACUGCAGCAUCCACAAGAAAUGUUGCUUCAUCGCCUGAAAGUAGCUCUGACUCGCCUGAUCUCCACCCCUUCCGCACUUCCUCAGCCACAGCUGAUGAGAUGCAGGGAGCCAUGACACAUUCAGCUCACAAGGGCAUCGAGUUUAAAAGAUCAUCAAGCGAUGGUUAUGAAGCAUCAGGAGGUGAAGAUAGCGACCGCAUCCCUUCAAGAAUCGUGCACAGAUCGUCAAACUGGGCUAAUGUCUUUCUGAAUUCUAGUCAGGGAGGCCCUCCAGCUGAUCUGCUCACGACAUCAUCUGAAGGUUUUGUUGCUAACGCAAAUGUCUUCCUGAAUUCUGAUUCCUAA